AUGUUUGCCACGACCCCGUACGUGAUUCGGGCCGUCCGAUUAGUGGUCGCGUACAAUCGGAAAUGUCGGCUCAAGUACGCCAGAUUCGUGAAAAGAAAUCAUGCUUUGGGCUUUGGGGCCGUGGCCUGCAUUGGGCUCACCAUCCGAGCCGGGAUAUUCUUCGGGACCGAUCCUGCACACUACUCCCGGGGACAACCAAACACACAGCUUGAAGCCUGCCAGAGCGGACCGCUGUUGCAACGCCGGACGCGAUUGCAGAAUACGUGCAGGCGCCGGUCUCACGCAAGCAUUGGGGUCAGUGACAUGCGAGAGUGUUUCUACUGGGACGUCAUCAUUCUCGUGGGAGCAAUACUCCUUUUGCGCGGACCGCCAAUGUCGUGUUUGGCCAUACGCAUAUCGCGAGCCGCCGGCGAGGGGUGGCAACCGCUGCUCCUACCCCCCCGGGAAAAGGAAAAAACAAAGCGGCGGACGCGAAGCAACAACUGCAAGCCAUCAUGUUGGAGGUGCACUUUUCCUCUGAUCUCCUUUAUCUCCCGGCUCAACUGCUCUUAUUCUCUGCUCUGCAGUGACAUGCGAGAGUGUUUCUACUGGGACGACAUCAUUCUCGUGGGAGUAAUGAUCCUUUCGAGCGGACCGCCAAUGUCGUGUUUGGCCAUACGCAUAUCGCGAGUAAAUGAUGCCUUUAAGAUUCGCGAGGAACUGUGUUUUGUGUUCAUCGGCUGCUCCUGCUGCGCAGCUGUACUGUGGGUGAUCCAGGUGCUGGUGGAACUGGACUUACUGUCCGACACAUCCGCACUUCACGUGGUGGUCCAAGUGCAAGCGCUCCUGAUCGGGAUGAACAUUGGAAUUUCGGGCUUACUCCUUCCCAUGGUGAGAACCCACCGUGGUGGGGUGAAGGCAUGGUUCAGGGCCACUGUGGUUCCUGUCGACGAGACGGUUGCCGUGUCAGCGUUGGAUGUGGAUGGCGUGGUAGGGCUGGCAAGCAGUGUUGGAGAAAUGGCUGAGCAGUUUGGAAAAUUCUGCCGAGAGAACUUGUGCAUGGAGAGCUGGGAUUUACUCGUCGACGUUGUCCGCUACGAACGCAUGGUGCCAAGCCCCAGCAAUAUCUUCUGUCGGGUGGGCUUUGAUACCCGCUGGUCGUGUUUGUGGAAUUUUUCCCACCCCAAUGGGCUCACCUGGUUUGUGCGCUUUGCAGAUCGCGAAAACCCUGAGGACGAGCAGUUGAAGUGCUUCUUGCACAUCCUGAACCACUACCUGCUUCCCACGUCACCCGACGAGAUCAACAUAUCCAGCGCAAUGCACAAACGCAUCGCGCCAUUCAGAACAAGGGAGGCCUUCAACAAGCUCAGUCUCGAGGAACGGGUCAGCAUCUUUAAGGAACCCUUCGACGAGAUCGUCCGAGUGCUUGAGCAAAACCUACUCAAUAAGUUCCAGAAGCGCAUAGCUUUGGACCGGGGUGCGUUUAUCUGUGACUAG